CACGUCGCGACUCUGUUUUUUUUUCUUUCUUCCUCCUCACGACUCGCGGCGUCGGACUCCUCGAACCUCGGGUUUCUUCUUCUCUUCUCGCCUCGCCUCCGUUUCGAUUUGGGGAGAGAGAGAUAGAGAGGCGAUCGCAUCGAGGAGGCGCAAAAACCCUAGAAGGCGAACCUUCCGGAAGCUUCUGGAAGGGAGGAUGCAGGGCGCCAACAUGCUCCUGGACGAGCCCGUCCGCCUCACCUCCGUCCUCACCCCCGUCAAGCCCAAAGUAUUCCCAUCACUCACCAAGAUUGUUGGGACCCUUGGGCCCAACUCACACUCCGUCGAGGUUAUUCAAGAAUGCCUCACUGCUGGGAUGGCAGUCGCACGGUUUGAUUUCUCAUGGAUGGAUGCUUCAUAUCAUCAGGAGACCCUUAACAAUCUGAGGAAAGCUGCACAAAAUGUCAAUAAGCUGUGCCCUGUAAUGCUGGAUACACUGGGUCCAGAAAUUCAGGUUCACAAUUCAACUGGUGGACCAAUUGAGUUGAAAGCUGGAAAUCAUGUCACCAUAACACCAGAUCUUUCUAAAGCUCCCUCUUCUGAAAUCUUGCCAAUUAAGUUUGGUGGUCUUGCAAAAGCUGUCAAGAAGGGUGAUACUCUUUUUAUUGGUCAAUAUCUCUUCACAGGAAGUGAAACAACAUCUUCGUGGCUUGAGGUUGUGGAAACUUCUGGAGAAAAUGUUGAAUGUCUUGUGACCAAUACAGCUACACUUGCAGGCCCCAUGUUCACUUUGCAUGUUUCAAAAGCCCAUGUCAGUUUACCAACUUUGAGUGAUUAUGAUAAAGAGGUCAUUUCAACUUGGGGAUUACAUAACAGUGUUGAUAUUAUAUCACUUUCCCAUACCCGCUCUGCCGAGGAUGUCAGGGAGCUUAGAUCUUUUCUUCAAUCUCAUGGCCUUCAGGACACACAGAUAUAUGCCAAGGUUGAAAAUACUGAGGGUUUGGAUCAUUUUGAUGAAAUUCUCCAAGAAGCUGAUGGCGUCAUUAUUUCACGGGGAGACCUGGGAAUUGACCUUCCACCAGAAGAUGUGUUCAUAUCCCAAAAAACAGCUAUUAAGAAAUGCAAUCUUGCUGGCAAACCUGUGAUCAUCACUAGAGUUGUGGACAGCAUGAUUGACAAUCUACGCCCAACACGUGCAGAGGCCACUGAUGUUGCAAAUGCUGUCCUAGAUGGAACGGAUGGCAUUUUGCUUGGUGCGGAGACUCAUCGAGGCCCUUAUCCAGUUGAUGCAGUGAGUACUGUUGGGAGAAUAUGUGCAGAAGCUGAGUCUGUGUAUAACCAGUUGGUUCACUUCAAGAAAUUAGUGAAGCAUGUAGGUGAUCCAAUGCCCCAUGAAGAAUCUGUGGCAUCUUCAGCGGUUCGCACUGCAAUGAAGGUAAAAGCUGCUGCAAUCGUUGUGUUCACUUUCUCAGGAAGAGCUGCCAGGUUAGUUGCCAAGUACAAGCCACCAAUGCCAGUGUUGGCCGUUGUCUUCCCACGUGAGGGCUCUGAUCCAACAAAGUGGCGUUCUUACGGCACAACUCAGGCAAGGCAAUGUUUUGCUGCAAGAGGUGUCUACCCUUUGAUGGCGAGUACUGAGGAGGCUGAAACUGGUGGGCUCACCAGGGAAGAGUACGGGAUAAAACUUGCACAGAACUAUGGUCGCUCGGUUGGUAUGCUAAAGCCCUAUGACAGGUUGAUCAUUUUCCAGAAGAUCGGCGAUUCAUCUGUUGUCAAGAUCAUCGAGUGUGACAGUUCGUAAAAGAUUAGACACCUACCACAUUCCGUCCAAGAGUUUCAACCACACAGAGGCGGAUUACCUUUUUGCUUUCUUUCUUGUUUGACAUGAUAUUGAGACUAGAAUAGGGAAGGCCAAUUGUGCUGUUUGGCAAUUUACCCAUUUUAGGUCCAUACUUGCUUUUUCAAUAAUUUCAUUCAAGAGCCUAUUUACACAUUGCAACAAUCCAAUUUUGUGGACAAAAUACAGGAUACAGGGACAUUUGGUUA